UUUCAACGAAAAUGGCGUCCAAACCGGGAGAAUCAAUUAACCUGGUUAUAAAAUGGAGCGGUAAAGAGUACAAUAUUGACAAUAUAUCCAGCUCAAAUACUGUAGCAGACCUUAAGCAGGCAAUAAAAGAUCGAACUUGUGUUCUUCCAGAACGUCAAAAACUCUUGGGUUUAAAGUACAAAGGGAAACCUCCUGGCAAUGAUGUUAAGUUGGGUGCACUCUCUGUCAAGCCUGGGAUGAAAAUUAUGAUGAUGGGCACAGCUGAAGAAAAUUUGGAAACAAUCAUUAAACCUCCUGAAGACGUUAUAAAGCUAAAAAUUAAAGAGGAUGAAGAUAUAGGUGAUGAAGAAGUGGCUUUGGAAAACAGGGAAGAAUUUUUAGCGAAAGUUCAAAGAAGAGUUGCAUCAUAUCAGAUCAAAGUGCUGAAUGAACCUAGGCCUGGAAAGAAGCUUCUCGUUCUCGAUGUCGACUACACACUUUUCGACCACAAAUCAGUCGCAGAGACAGGCUUUGAUUUGAUGCGACCAUAUUUACACGAGUUUCUCACUUCUGCAUACGAUUGUUACGACAUUGUGAUUUGGUCGGCAACAAGCAUGAAAUGGAUUGAGGCUAAGAUGCAGGAACUUGGUGUUACCAAUAAUCCAAAUUACAAAAUAAUGUUCAUGUUAGAUAGCGAUGCAAUGAUCACUGUUCAGUCUCCCACUUACGGAAUCAUCGAGACGAAGCCGCUUGGAGUCAUUUGGGGAAAAUAUGCACAGUACUCUAGCAAAAAUUCUAUUAUAAUCGACGAUCUAAGAAGGAAUUUCCUUAUGAAUCCAUCAAAUGGCCUUAAAAUUAGGCCAUUUCGAAACGCGCAUGCUAGUAGAGCAACUGACCAAGAAUUGCUACGAAUCUCGAAAUAUUUAAAGAAAAUCGCAACACUAGAAGAUUUUGCUAAACUUGAUCACAGAAACUGGGAAAGUUACAUACACCAUUGAAAGAGACAGAAAAUGAAGGAAGUUCCUGCGGUAAAGAAGCACUCCCAGGACCUACUUUGUUACUUGGAUAGGUUGUCAUGAGAAAUCUACCGCUGGAUUUGGUUCUGAAGAUUUGGGUUUCUUGUGGAGAAAAGUUAAGCUUUAAAUGAAGUUGGAAAUACUUUUGGUAGUAAAUCUAAUUCUUGUUUGAUUAAAGCAAAAAUAACUUAUUCAGAUGAAAUUGUAAACCUUACUGUCCUCCUUAGUUUAUUACUCUCUUAGCAGUGACAA